CUUAAGGUACAGUUACACAUGCUCAUUACUAGCAUGCUAAAAAACGUGCUAUUAAGUAUGCUUAAUAUGAGUAUGCUUAUGAACUGUUUACAUUUGCUAGCAAUAAGCAUGCUAGUUUUAAGUAUGCUACUAAAUAAGCAUGCUCAAAGCAAACACUCCAACACAAAUGCGAUUUUAGCAUGCUCUUUGUUAGUUCAAACAAAACCAUGGACGAUGAAACAACCAUCCGUACGGAGCUUAAUAAAGUUAUUCUUUUGCUAUCGUUGCAAUGCAUCCGAAGACUUCUCUCAGGUAGAAAGAGAAAAAACCAAUGUAAAAGGAAUAGGAAGAUUUGGGUCCGUGAUUGGCUAAGUAGAAGGGAACAACUUGGAGCAAGUACUCGAUUGCUAGUAGAAAUGCGAGAAGAAGAUAUUGAUGGUUACAAAAAUCAUUUGCGCAUGUUACCGCAUCAGUUUGACGAGUUACUAUCUAAAGUUGAAAGCGCUAUAAAGAAACAAGAUACACACAUGCGAAAUGCUAUUCCACCAAAAGUGAAACUGGAAGUGACAUUGAGGUAUCUAGCAACUGGAGAUUCGUUAUACACAUUAGAAGCACUUCACAGAGUUGCAAGGUCUACUAUAUCUCUAUUUAUACCUGAAGUGUGUGAUGCAAUAUACAAUGUUCUGAAGGAUUAUAUGCGGAUUCCCGGUUCUGAAGAUUGGAAACGCAUUGAACAUGGAUUUAGAACUAAAUGGAACUUUCCAGGUUGUGUCGGAGCGUUGGAUGGCAAACAUAUAAAUAUAUUCGCCCCUGAUGAUACUUCUGACUACUAUAACUACAAGGGCGCUCAUAGCAUCAUACUUCUGGCAUUAGUUGAUGAUGACUAUUGUUUUUCAUACGUAAAUGUUGGGACUAAUGGUAGAGCUUCUGAUGGAGGUGUUUAUCAAAAAUCUAAUUUAGCACAAGCUUUGGAAAAUAAUUCUCUCAAUUUUCCGGACCAAUCAGUUAUUGUGGCAGACGCUGCUUUUCCUCUAAAGUCAUACCUUAUGAAGCCCUAUCGAACAACUCCAACGCGUAAAGAAAAAAUAUUUGUGACUGUGUCUAGUAAAAGGGACCACUUUGACGAUUCUAGUUUCCGAGUUAUAUGCAUUUUUACAAAAUUUGCCGAAAAUAUGUAA